AUCUCACACAUCAAGACAUCCAGGAGCCUCCACAUCAUGUGUCAGAUCCCAGUCUUCUGCUGGAUCUCUGCUACAGUUCUGGAGCACAUGUUGACCACAGAGCAGAGAGGAGAGCUGCCCAAGACCCUGACUGACCUGUACUCACACUUCCUGCUGGUUCAGACAAAGAGGAAGAAGCACAAGUAUGAUGAGGGACAUGAGACGAGUCCACAGGAGCUGACGGAGGCUGACAGGGAAGUUCUUCUGAAGCUGGGGAGGCUGGCGUUUGAACAUCUGGAGAAAGGAAACAUCAUGUUCUACCAAGAAGACCUGGAGCAGUGUGGUCUUGAUGUCACAGAGGCCUUGGUUUACUCAGGAGUUUGUACAGAGAUCUUUAAAAGAGAGAGUGUGAUCUUCCAGAAAACAGUCUACUGCUUUGUUCAUCUGAGCAUUCAGGAGUUUCUGGCUGCAGUCUACAUGUUCCACUGUCACACAGAGAGGAAGACAAGUGAGCUGAGGACUUUCCUGGGAGAAAACUGCAAACACUGGGACUCAAGCCCUUCAGACCGUUUUGUUAACUAUAGCAGCCACUCAUCACUCGAUGUUCUCCUCAGUGAUGCCAUGAAGAAAUCCCUCCAAAGUAAAAAUGGCCACCUGGACCUGUUUGUUCGCUUCCUUCAUGGCCUGUCUCUGGAGUCCAACCAGAGACUCUUAGGAGGCCUUCUGGGUCAGACAGAGAACAGACCAGAAAUCAUCCAGAGAGCCAUCGACAAACUGAAGGAGAUGAACAGUGAUGAUAUCUCUCCUGACAGAAGCAUCAACAUCUUCCUCUGUCUGAUGGAGAUGAACGAUCGCUCAGUACAUCAGGAGAUCCAAGAGUUCCUGAAGUCAGAGAACAGAUCAGAGAAGAGACUCUCUGAGAUCCACUGUUCAGCUCUGGCCUACGUUCUGCAGAUGUCAGAGGAGGUUCUGGAUGAGUUGGACCUGAACAAGUACAACACAUCAGAGGAGGGACGACUGAGACUGAUCCCAGCUGUGGGGAACUGCAGAAAGGCUGUAUUGAAUUACUGCAGUUUGUCAGAGAUCAGCUGUGCUUCUCUGGCCUCAGCUCUGAAGUCCAACCCCUCCCAUCUGAGACACCUGGACCUGAGCUACAACAAGCUGUGGGAUUCAGGAGUGAAGCUGCUGUGUGGUUUUCUGGAGAGUCCACACUGUAGACUGGAGACUACCAAGACCUUCUGCACAUAUAACAACAACAAGCCAUGGUUUACUCCCAAUCUGAGGAAGCAGUGCCAGGCCAAGGAGGAGGCCUACAGGAGUGGGGACCAGGCCCUGUUUAAACAGACCAGCAACAAACUGACCAAGGAGAUCAGAGUGGCAAAGAGAAGCUACAGUGAGAGGCUAAAAAACAGCCUCUCAACAAAUGACUCUGCAUCAGUUUGGAGAGGUCUAAAUCACAUCACCAACUACAGGAGACCAUCCCCCCACCCUGCGGAAGAUCCCAGACUGGCUGAGGAACUUAACACCUUCUACUGCAGGUUUGAUAAGGACUUUCUCACACCUCACGGCCACACAAAGAACCCACCUGCAACACCUCCCCCACUGCUCCAGCCUCCCCCGCCUGCCCUGACGAUCCGUGAAGAGGAUGUGUGUCGGCUCCUUCAGAGACAAAAGACCAGGAAGGCUCCAGGACCUGAUGGAGUGUCCCUCUCCUGCCUGAGAGUCUGUGCUGAGCAGCUGACGCCCAUCUUCACCCGGAUCUUCAACCAAUCCCUGGAGCUGUGUGAAGUGCCCUCCUGCCUCAAACGCUCCACCAUCAUCCCAGUGCCCAAGAAGCCCACUAUCACUGGACUUAAUGACUACAGACCCGUCGCCCUGACGUCUGUGGUCAUGAAAACUUUUGAGAGACUGGUGUUGAACCACCUGAGGGACAUAGCUGGCCCCCUGCUGGACCCCCCGCAGUUUGCCUACCGGGCAAACAGGUCGGCGGAUGAUGCAGUCAACAUGGGACUGCAACACAUCCUGCACCACCUCGACUCCCCAGGGACAUAUGCAAGGAUCCUGUUCGUGGACUUCAGUUCAGCGUUCAACACCAUCAUCCCUGAACUCCUCCAUCAGAAGCUCUCCCAGCUCACAGUGCCCGCCUCCACCUGUCAGUGGAUCACCAGCUUCCUGACGGAGAGGCAGCAGCAGGUGAGGCUUGGGAGAAUCACAUCCAAGACCCGGUCCAUCAGCACUGAACCACCUGGAGCUGAACCUGCUCAAAACAGUGGAGAUGACAGUGGACUUCAGGAGAAAACCCCCACUUCCCUCCCCCUCACCAUCAUGAACAAUACAGUGUCCACCGUGGAAUCCUUCAGGUUUCUGGGUACCACCAUCUCCCGGGACCUGAAGUGGACCCUCCACAUUGACUGUUUAAGGAAGAAGGCUCAGCAGAGGUUAUACUUCCUACGUCAGCUCAGGAAGUUUAACCUGCCUAAGGAGCUGCUGAUCAUGUUUUACAGCACCAUCAUCCAGUCUGUCCUCUGCACUUCCAUCACCGUCUGGUUUGGAUCAGCCACCAAACGGGAUAAGACUGGACUGCAACAGACAAUCCGGGCUGCAGAGAGGAUUAUCGGCACCGACCUGCCCUCCAUACAAGACCUAUACCAGAUCAGCUGUGCUUCUCUGGCCUCAGCUCUGAAGUCCAACCCCUCCCAUCUGAGAGACCUGGACCUGUGUAACAACAAGGUGCAGGAUUCAGGAGUGAAGCUGCUGUGUGGUUUUCUGGAGAGUCCACACUGUAGACUGGAGACUCUGAGGCUGAGCAGCUGUAACCUCUCAGAGAGAAGCUGUGAAGCUCUGUCCUCAGUUCUUAUCUCCCAGUCCUCUAGUCUGAGAGACCUGGACCUGAAUAACAAUGACCUGCAGGAUUCAGGGGUGAAGCUUCUGUCUGCUGGACUGAAGAGCCCACACUGUACCCUGGAGACUCUCAGACUGAGCAGCUGUAACCUCUCAGAGAGAAGCUGUGAAGCUCUGUCCUCAGUUCUCAGCUCCCAGUCCUCUAGUCUGAGACACCUGGACCUGAGUAACAAUGACCUGCAGGAUUCAGGGUUGAAGCUCCUGUCUGCUGGACUGAAGCGUCCACACUGUACCCUGGAGACUCUCAGGCUGUCAGGAUGUCUGAUCACAGAGGAAGGCUGUGCUUCUCUGGCCUCAGCUCUGAGCUCCAACCCCUCCCAUCUGAGAGAGCUGGACCUGAGCUACAAUCAUCCAGGAGACUCAGGAGUGAAGCUGCUGUCUGCUGGACUGAAGGAUCCACAAUGGAAACUGGACACCCUCAGGAUGGAGCCUGGUGGAGUCCGAUGGUUGAGACCAGGUCUGAGGAAGUAUUUCUGUGAACUCACCAUCAACACAAACACAGUAAACAGAAAGAUCAAACUGUCUGACAACAACAGGGAGGUGACACAUGUGGAGGAGGAUCAGCCAUAUCCUGAUCAUCCAGACAGAUUUGACCAGUGGCCUCAGCUGCUGUGUAGUAAUGGUCUGACUGGUCGCUGUUACUGGGAGGUUGAGGGGAGAGGAGGAGUUUCUAUAUCAGUGAGUUACAGAGGAAUCAGAAGGAAAGGAGACAGAGAAAACUGUGUGUUUGGAAGGAACAAUCAGUCAUGGGAGCUGAUCUGUGAUAGUCAUGCUUACUUGGUUUGUCACAAUAACAAAACAACACGUGUCUCCUCCUCCUCUUCAUCAUCUUCCUCUGUCUCUGACAGAGUAGCAGUGUAUGUGGACUGUCCUGCUGGCUCUCUGUCCUUCUACAGAGUCUCCUCUGACUCACUGAUCCACCUCAACACCUUCAACACCACAUUCACUGAACCUCUUUAUCCUGGGUUUGGGCUCUGGUUCGGGUCGUCUGGUUCCUCAGUGUCUCUGUGUAGAGAAACUCUCUCACUGUUGAACAGAUAGUUCAGUCUGUACAUGUCUGUCUCUUUCACU